CUUUAGUCACGAACAGACCACCUCAGCCUUUGUAUCCUGUAGAGAAUCAGACAAGUCUUAUAGAAGUCCAGUUGGGUCAGCCACUCAACGUUGCCUGCAAAGCAUUUUUUGGCUUCAGCGGUGAAUCAGGCCCCAUGAUCUACUGGACACGAGGAGAGAAAUUUAUUGAAGAACUCGAAAAUCAUAUUAAAGAAGGUGAAAUCAGGCUCCUCAAAGAGCACCUUGGAGAAAAAAUUGUGGAGUUAACAUUAAUCUUUGACAUUGUGAAAGAAGCAGACCUAGCCAAUUACACAUGCCACGUUGAAAACAGAAAUGGGAAGAAACAGGCGAGCAUCAUUCUGCGGAAGCGAGAUCUGAUCUCCAGAAUCGAACUUGCUGGAGGUUUGGGAGCUAUAUUUCUCUUACUGGUUAUACUUGUAACUAUCUAUAAGUGCUACAAUAUAGAGCUGAUGCUAUGCUACAGACAGAUGUUUGGAGGCGAUGAAGCAAUGGAUGACAACAAGGAAUAUGAUGCCUAUCUGUCUUACACAAAAGUUGAUCCCGACACAUUAGACUGUGACAACAGGGAGGAAGAACAAUUUGCCCUUGAAAUCUUGCCAGAUGUUCUGGAGAAACAGUAUGGAUAUAAGCUCUUCAUUCCAGACCGGGACCUGAUCCCUACUGGGACAUAUCUAGAAGAUCUUGCAAGAUGUAUAGAACAAAGCCGCAGGCUCCUUAUUGUCCUCACACCGGAUUAUGUAAUCAGACGAGGGUGGAGUAUUUUUGAGAUGGAAAACAGACUCCAUAACAUGCUCAUCAGUGGAGAAAUCAAAGUGAUUUUCAUCGAAUGCCCCGAAUUAAAAGGUAAAGUCAAUUACCAAGAAGUGGAAUCUUUAAAGCACAGCAUUAAACUGUUCUCAGUCAUCAAGUGGAAUGGAUCAAAAAGUAGCAAGCUGAAUUCUAAGUUUUGGAAACAUUUGCUCUAUGAGAUGCCGGUAAAGAAAAAAGAAGUUGUAACGCGACGCCAAGUUCUGGAUUCUGCUGAACAGGGUCUUUUUGGUGAUCUCCAAACAGUGCCUUCCAUCGCCGUGACAGAUACCUCUGCCACUUUAGUUUCAUCUCAGGCAGAUUUGGGAGAUUAUCAGCCAGCCAAUACGGCCCAGAUGAGACAUUACUGCAGAGGAUAUGAAUACAACAUGCAGUCUGCGACAUUGCCGCUAGCUGCCAUAAGCAGUAAUCACCACACUUACUGUAACAUACCCCUGACGCUUCUCAAUGGACAGUUACCUCUUAACAGCAGCAUGAAAGAUGUUCAAGAAUUUCAUAGGAACACUCCUUUACUCCCCUUGUCAACAAGGGAGCUCAGUUUCACCAGCGAUAUAUGGUAG